CAAACUGUGAAACUGUCAAAAGUUCAUUUUUAGCAGGUUAAAAUAUGGCGUCUACUGAAAACUCCGGCGUGACCGUAGGUCAACCGAAUCUACACAAACAGGACCUCUCGAAAUUGGACGUGACGAAACUAACGGCCUUAUCGCCCGAGGUAAUAAGCAGACAAGCCACUAUAAAUAUAGGAACUAUCGGCCAUGUAGCCCACGGCAAGUCUACCGUGGUGAAAGCCAUUUCUGGCGUGCAGACUGUCAGAUUUAAGAAUGAAUUGGAAAGGAAUAUUACCAUUAAAUUGGGUUACGCUAAUGCGAAAAUCUACAAAUGCGACAAUCCGAAAUGUCCCCGGCCUUCGUGCUUCAUAUCGGGCAGUUCCGGAAAGGACGAUAAUUUCCCGUGCCUGCGACCGGCCUGCUCCGGCCGAUUCCAGCUAGUCAGACACGUGAGUUUCGUAGAUUGCCCCGGUCACGACAUUCUCAUGGCUACCAUGCUCAACGGUGCUGCCGUCAUGGACGCAGCUCUUUUACUCAUUGCAGGCAAUGAAUCGUGUCCUCAACCGCAAACGAGCGAACAUUUGGCCGCCAUCGAAAUUAUGAAGCUGAAGCACAUACUAAUCCUGCAGAAUAAAAUCGAUCUGGUGAAAGAGGGCCAGGCGAAGGAGCAGCACGAGCAAAUCGUGAAAUUCGUGCAGGGCACCGUGGCCGAAGGGGCUCCGAUUAUACCCAUUUCGGCGCAGCUUAAAUACAAUAUCGAAGUAUUGUGCGAGUACAUAACGAAGAAAAUUCCUGUGCCUCUGAGGGAUUUCACGUCGGAACCUCGCUUGAUCGUCAUCAGAUCGUUCGAUGUGAAUAAGCCGGGAUGUGAAGUAAACGAUUUAAAAGGCGGUGUGGCAGGAGGCAGUAUUUUGAGGGGAGUUUUGAAAGUCGGACAGGAAAUCGAAGUAAGACCGGGAUUGGUUAGUAAAGACUCCGAAGGCAAGCUGGCCUGUCGUCCGAUAUUCUCGAGAAUAGUUUCCCUUUACACCGAACAAAACGAGCUCCAAUUCGCCGUGCCCGGAGGAUUAAUCGGAGUCGGUACGAAAAUUGAGCCUACUUUGUGUCGAGCAGAUCGACUGGUUGGGCAAGUUUUGGGCGCAGUCGGGGCUUUACCGAGUAUAUUCACCGAAUUAGAGGUGAGUUAUUACCUGUUGAAACGACUGCUGGGCGUGCGUAUGGAAGGGGAUAAGAAAGGAGCGAAAGUGCAAAGAUUAACCAAAAGCGAAGUCUUGUUGGUGAAUAUCGGCUCGUUGAGUACCGGUGGAAGAGUAAUCGCAACGAAAGCGGAUUUGUGUAAAAUAUCCCUGACGAAUCCCGUUUGCACCGAAAUCGGGGAGAAGAUCGCGUUGAGCAGGCGAGUGGAGAAGCAUUGGCGUCUCAUCGGGUGGGGUCAGAUCCGCGGAGGGGAUACCAUCGAGCCCACUAGUAAUUAAUUAAUUUUGAAUUUAUUUAUUUUGACUUGAAUAUUUACUACUGUUGUAUUUCUUGUAAGUUUGUUCUUCAUUUUUUACAAAUAAAUAAAUUUGAAAUAA